CACUCCAGUGCUCUUAAGGGCACUGACCUGUCCAGAGAACAGUGUUUUCUUCACUUUGCUGCUUACUUUAGUACAACAUAGCUCCAAAGCUGGUGUUUAACAAGGAAAUACAACAACACCAGAAUUUGCAUUGAACUACUUUUCCUUGGCUGGUUUCCCAUUCCACCUUAGGCAGGAUGAAGUUGUUGGCAUGUGCGUGGGCUUUGUGGGUACUUGCUCUCUGUUCGGUCCAGGCAGCCAAAGAUAUCUGCAACGCGAAGCCCAAAGAUCUACCUUUGGAGCCAAUGUGCAUCUACCGCAGCCUGGAUCCUGAAACACAACCAACUGAAAAACCUGAGAAGAUCCCAGCUGGCACCAACCCUCGAGUGUGGGAACUGUCCAAAGCCAACAGUCGCUUUGCCCUCUCAUUUUUCAAGCAGCUUGCUGAGGGAAAGGCCAACGAUGAAAACAUCUUUCUGUCGCCAAUUAGUAUCUCAACAGCUUUCGCCAUGACGAAGUUAGGGGCUUGUAACACCACACUGGAGCAGCUCAUGAAAGUGUUUCAGUUCGAUACGAUAAAGGAGAAGACAUCAGACCAGGUCCAUUUCUUCUUCGCCAAGCUGAACUGUCGACUAUAUCGCAAAAAGCAUGAGACAACAGAAUUGAUCUCUGCGAACCGUUUGUUUGGAGACAAAUCUACGCUUUUUAAUGAGUCCUACCAGCACAUCAGCGAGAUGGUCUAUGGAGCCAAGAUGCUGCCUCUCGAUUUUAAGGAGAAACCGGAAGUUUCAAGGAUGACGAUAAAUGAAUGGAUAGCCAACAAGACUGAGAACCGAAUAAAAGACACCCUGCCAGAAGGUUCAAUAGACUCCAACACCAUAUUAGUCUUGGUGAACGCAAUCUACUUCAAAGGUCAAUGGAAACACAAGUUUGAUAAGCAAAAUGUCAUGAAGUUAGACUUUUACGUCAGCGAGACAUAUAAGUGUCCAGUCCCCAUGAUGUAUCAAGAGGGGAAAUUUAAGUAUGCCAGAAUCAAUGACGACAAGGUGAAGAUUCUUGAAUUGCCCUACAACGGUGCUGACAUCACAAUGGUGCUCAUAUUACCUACUGAAGGUACAACCCUGCCGGAAGUAGUGGAAAACAUGAACCUCAAGAAACUUGAGGGUUGGUUACAAGCCAUGAAAGAGACCACAGUGGUCGUGCAGGUUCCUCGUUUCCGUAUCGAGGACAACUUUAGCCUCAAAGAGCAGCUGACAAAAAUGGGCCUUGAAGAUCUUUUUAGUCCAGAAAACGCCAGCCUCCCAGGGAUGGUUGCCGGUGAUGGGCCCAACUUGUACAUCUCCAACGCCUACCAUAAGGCCUUCCUUGAGGUGAAUGAAGAAGGUAGCGAAGCUGCUGCUGCCACAGCGGUUGUUGCUACCGGACGUUCCCUAAACAUCUUCCGGGAGAAUUUUGUGGCGGAUCGACCCUUCCUUCUGCUAAUCCGUGAGUCCAGCAUCAACGCCUUGAUCUUUACCGGCCGAGUCGCAAAUCCUUGUGGGAGCAGCUAACAUGGAUUGGAUAUGGAUCCCAGACUAUGAGGACAGUUAUUGAUUGUCCUCAUUUUCAACUUGACAAGGCAGCCUUGUUUCUUCAUUAUUGCUUAAUAAUGAACGUUAAAUUUGUCAUAUGUUGUUUUUAUCAGUCCACCAAACAAGCACUGGAAACAAGCACAUCAAGAGGAACAAAGAGGAUUUACAAAUGAAAAAUAAAAGCAAUAUGUACAGGCACAGAACAAGGAUAAAAACAAGUUUAUUUUGUCAUAUUAGAAAUUUGGGUUUAGCAGUAUCACACAAUCUGGGCUUACAUAAUUAUACAUUUUAAGAACAAUUAAAAAUCCUUCACAGUUACACUUAAAGUGCUUUGUUUCUAUUUAGAAGAAUGGACUUGACACACUGCCAGUGAGGGAAAAAAACAUAGUGGUUAUUGUGAAAAUGGCAUUCACAUUAUUAAUGCUUAAUCUUUCUGAUUCCUGUACCAUUUUAAAUGCGAAAAGUCUCGAAUUUUAAGUAAUUAUAAACUGAUUCAUUUUUCAAUAAAUAUAUACUGGUUUGCUAUUAAAAUUAGAGUAACUGAUUUCUAAGAUAAUUCUUAUGUUUUGGAAUUUGGACCUUUUUAACAAUAAAAUACCUAUUAUAUUUAGUUUUAUUUCAUGGAUAUGUAAAAUAAAAUAUUUCUAAAAUACGAUUUGACUUAAAGUGAUUAACAUCGCAUAAGGACACAUGGAAAGAACUUUACAGACUAUAUUGCUUUUUGCAAGAUAAAACAAUAUAGCGAGACAAAUCAUAAAGGUCGAUAUUUUGGCUUCUCUUGGUGCAAAUUUAGAUGCCUGGAAAUGUCUUUAUGUUUGGCCGUUACAAAAGACAAAGACAACAUGCAAAUAAACAACUUCUACUGAGGGUCAGUAGAAAAACAAUGUCUUGUUUCCUUGUACAAAAACUCUUUUGAGGUAAGAA